AUGCUACAUGAUGAUGCUCCACUGAAAUGGCGCUGGAAUAUUCUUACUCUGUUUCAUCUUCCCACUUGCUUUCUUCCCUCUGGCUUGCUUUCUUUUCGAUAUCGGGCCAUCAUUGUCUUCUUUAGUGAUUUGUAUGCAAAAACGUGUCACCAGACCCGUGCCUCCCUCUCUCCCCACACUGGCCUGCAUAUGUCACCCCGCGAUGGGUUUUUCCGCGCUCUGGGUAUAACCCCACAAAAAUCCGCCGUCGCAUCAUCAUUGCCGCGCUCCCGCGCAGUAUAUAGUGUCUCGCAAGUCCAAAAUAUUCUCCAACAAUCACACAACAUGACAGACUUCCCCAGAAUCAAAAGCGUCAAGACAUAUCUUUUGGAAGGUAAAGGCAUUGGUGGCGACUACCACAAUGUCGAAAAGGGCCACUGGCUUAUUGACAGUCCCAUCUCCAACCCCAUGUCCAAAUACAAAGAAUACCGUGCCUCGAGAGUCAGCUGGGGUAUCAAUGUUUUGGGCUCAUUCUGUGUUGAGAUCGAGGCCACUGACGGAACCAAAGGUUUUGCUACCGGAUUCGGUGGACCUCCAGCAUGUUGGUUGGUGAAGCACCAUUUCCUCAGAUUCUUGGAAGGCGCCGACCCAAGAGACUACAACAUCUUGUGGGACAAGAUGUUCCGUGCGUCCAUGUUCUACGGCCGCAAAGGUUUGCCAAUCGCCGUGAUUUCUGUCAUUGACUUGGCCCUUUGGGAUCUUUUGGGAAAGAUCCGCGGAGAACCCGUCUACAAGUUGAUUGGCGGAGCCACAAAGGAGAAGAUCGACUUCUACUGCACUGGAUGCAACCCACAGGCUGCCAAGAAGAUGGGAUUCUGGGGUGGAAAGGUUGCGCUUCCAUACGGCCCAGACGAAGGCCACGUCGGACUCAAGAAAAACGUCGAGUUUUUGAGAAAGCACAGAGAGGCCGUGGGCCCCGACUUCCCUCUUAUGGUGGACUGUUACAUGUCUUUGACUGUUCCAUAUGCCAUUGAGUUGGCCUCGGCCACAGAGGACUUGAACAUCAACUGGUUUGAGGAAGUUUUGCACCCAGACGACUUUGACGGCUUUGAGUUGUUGAAGAGAGCACACCCUCGCAUGAAAUGGACCACUGGUGAACACGAGUACACCCGUUACGGCUUCAGAAAGUUGAUCGAGGGAAGAAACAUCGACAUCUUGCAACCGGAUGUCAUGUGGGUCGGAGGAAUGACCGAAAUCUUGAAGGUGGCAGCUCAAGCAGCUGCGUACGAUAUUCCUGUCGUUCCACACGCCUCUGGACCAUACUCCUACCAUUUUGUGGUGCUGCAGCAAAACACUCCGUUCCAGGAGUACCUUGCCAACUCUCCUGACUCCACUUCGGUGUUGCCUGUGUUCGGAAACUUGUUUAUUGACGAGCCUGUUCCAGUCAAGGGAUACUUGGACACCACUGUGCUUGACAAGCCUGGUUUCGGCUUGACCUUGAACCCUAAGGUGGAGUUGAUUGACUCCGAGUACAUCUUGUCUCCUACUCCAGAAAGACCUUUGAAGGUGGAGGAAAACGGCAACGGCCACGCUAACGGCAAACACUAG